AUGUUCGGUAUCGACAGCAUUCGAGUGGAUGUUAACGGCGUGGUGAAGAUAGUGCUUGACUGGGACUUGGAGUCCUGUGUUGAGGGCACGUUUCGGGAGGCUAACGAGGGCUAUUUGGUGGCGUACCUUGAAGAAACUCUAACAACUAUGGGCUAUAGUUGUGGUCAAUUACCCUCGGCUGCGAUGGAUUUCCUCACAUCGAAGGUGCUGCCGGCGAUGAGCCACCCUUUCAUUUCCCACGCCGGCGGUCCUAGUGUGUUGAAAACGCCCAUCCAGUUCGCAAUUCAGAGGAAAAUCUUGGCUGGAAACAUCCAUGGAAUAGUCCGCUAG